GCUACGAAUCUGUACCGGAAGUAAUCAGAACGAAUGAUCUCGCAUUGAAAACCUGUUACUGGAGUAAAGGGCAAAUACACAACAGUGUCGAGGAGGAAUUUAAUGUUACACUCAUAGUAGCUGUUCGUCCUUCUUUCGCUUUCCAUCACAGAUCACCGUCACGCCGCAGAAUGCUGCAGAAUACCGGGAAGCUUGCGGGAUGUACGCUCUUCAUCACUGGGGCAAGUCGGGGUAUUGGCAAGGCCAUUGCUCUCAAAGCCGCGAGGGACGGUGCCAAUGUGGUCAUUGCGGCCAAAACUGCCGAUCCUCACCCCAAACUGCCUGGCACCAUCUACACAGCCGCAGCAGAAAUUGAAGCUGCGGGAGGAAGAGCAUUGCCCUGUAUCGUAGACGUCCGUGACGAGAAGCAGAUCAGUGAUGCUGUGGAACAGGCCGUUGAGAAAUUUGGAGGGAUUGACAUCUUGGUGAACAAUGCCAGUGCCAUCAAUUUGACAGGAACUGUGGAUACUCCAAUGAAGAAAGUGGACCUUAUGCUGGGCAUCAAUCUCAGGGGAACAUACCUGACGUCUAGAUUGUGCAUCCCACAUCUUCUGAAGAGCAAGAACCCUCACAUUCUCAACCUCAGUCCACCUCUCAACCUUAACCCCAUCUGGUUCAAAAACCACACAGCGUACACUAUAGCAAAGUACGGCAUGUCCAUGUGUGUACUGGGAAUGGCCGAAGAGUUCAAGGGAUCUAUUGCAGUUAAUGCCUUGUGGCCCAGGACAGCCAUCCAGACAGCUGCCAUGGACAUGUUGGGUGGAGCCGGAGUGGGUAAACAGUGCAGGAAGGUGGAGAUCAUGGCUGAUGCAGCGUAUGCCAUCUUCAACAAACCCACCAGCUUUACUGGACAGUUUGCCAUUGAUGAGGACAUUCUCAAAAAGGAGGGCAUUCAAGACUUUGAUGUGUAUGCUGUUGAACCAGGUCAUCCGUUGCUUCCUGACUUUUUCUUGGAUGAACAGCCAGAGGAGCUAGUCAAGCAAAUGGAGGAGCAUGGUGCUACUCCAGUUUUUAAGACUGGAAAAACCAGUGCAGAUUCAGCCACACCUGGACCUAUUGCUGACACAUUCAACAUCAUCAGAGGAAUUCUCAAUCCAGAAAUUGUGAAAAGUACACAAGGAGUGUACAGGUUUGAUUUAUCAGGUGAGCACGCUGGAGUCUGGUACCUUGACCUGAAGAAUGACGCAGGAAGUGCCGGCAGUGGGGAACCACCUGCCAAAGCCGAUGUCGUCAUGACGAUGGACAGUGCUGAUUUCAUCAAGAUGUUUUCAGGGAAAUUAAAGCCGACCAUGGCCUUCAUGUCUGGGAAGCUGAAGAUUAAGGGCGACAUGGGUCUGGCCAUCAAAAUGGAGAAAAUGAUGGCCAUGAUGAAGUCUAAACUGUGAUAUGAUAGCUCUGUCUCCUGCCUUACUUUAUGUACAUGGUUCAACAAGUGUGUCAGUUUGCUCUUUUUCUAUAUCUCUGUUUUCAAUAAACCAUCCGUUCAGCUGUUA